UAUACCCUAACCAUGUAUUUUCAACAAUAUUGGAGAGAUAAAAGGCUCGCCUAUUCUGGGAUCCCUCUCAACCUCACGCUUGACAAUCGAGUGGCUGACCAGCUAUGGGUGCCUGACACAUAUUUCUUAAAUGACAAAAAGUCAUUUGUGCACGGAGUGACAGUGAAAAACCGCAUGAUCCGCCUACACCCCGAUGGGACGGUGCUGUACGGGCUCAGGAUCACCACCACGGCAGCCUGCAUGAUGGACCUGCGGAGGUACCCACUGGAUGAGCAGAACUGCACUCUGGAAAUCGAAAGCUAUGGCUACACCACAGACGACAUCGAGUUUUACUGGCGUGGCGGGGACAAGGCCGUCACUGGAGUGGAGAGGAUUGAGCUCCCGCAGUUCUCCAUUGUGGAGCACCGGCUGGUCUCGAGGAACGUUGUCUUUGCCACAGGUGCCUAUCCUCGACUCUCACUGAGUUUUCGGUUGAAGAGAAACAUUGGCUACUUCAUUCUGCAGACUUACAUGCCCUCUAUACUGAUCACGAUUCUCUCCUGGGUGUCCUUCUGGAUCAAUUAUGACGCAUCUGCAGCUCGAGUUGCCCUCGGAAUCACGACCGUGCUGACCAUGACCACCAUCAACACGCACCUUCGGGAGACCUUACCCAAAAUCCCCUACGUCAAAGCCAUUGACAUGUACCUCAUGGGCUGCUUCGUCUUUGUGUUCCUGGCCCUUCUGGAGUAUGCCUUUGUCAACUACAUUUUCUUUGGAAGAGGCCCUCAAAGGCAGAAGAAGCUUGCUGAGAAGACAGCCAAGGCGAAGAAUGACCGUUCCAAGAGCGAAAGCAACCGGGUGGACGCCCACGGAAAUAUUCUCCUGACAUCGCUGGAGGUCCACAAUGAGAUGAAUGAGGUUGCGGGCGGCGUUGGUGACACCAGGAAUUCAGCAAUAUCCUUUGACAACUCAGGAAUCCAGUACAGGAAACAGAGCAUGCCCAGGGAAGGGCGGUACAUGGGAGACAGAAGCAUCCCGCACAAGAAGACCCACCUACGGAGGAGGUCUUCGCAGCUCAAAAUUAAGAUCCCUGAUCUCACCGAUGUGAAUGCCAUAGACAGAUGGUCCCGGAUCGUGUUUCCAUUCACUUUUUCUCUUUUCAACUUAGUUUACUGGCUGUACUAUGUUAAUUGAGUGACUGUACUUGAUUUUUCAAAGACUUCAUUUAACACUGAGUGAAUAUUACCCUGCCUGUCAAGUUUUUAUACUUGUACACACGGACACACAUGCAGACACACACAUAUAUACAUACGCAAUUGUAUAUAUAUGUGAACUUUCUCAGCAUAUAUAUAAAAUACACGUGUAUAUGAGGAUGUAUGUGUAUAUGUUUAUACACACAGGUGUGAGCACCCAUGUGUAUGUCUAUAUAUACACAUACAUAUAAACAUUUUGCAGCUAUGGACAAUUUAACACAGGAUGCAUAUUAAAGAACGUCAUAGUUUUUCUUUUUUAAUUGAAAGGGACAAGUAUCAUCUAAAUAUUAUGCCUUGAGAAUGAGGACGUGAAACACAAUAUCAUCCCAAAAGUGUGUCUUUUAUUAUCAUAAGUUAGAUGUUUUAGUUGAAAACUCAGAAAGACAUUCUUAGUUAAUUUUCAGAAGCUCAUACAGUGGUAUUGCUAGUUUAAUGCAAGUCACACACUUCAGACCCUCCUUUUCGGUUUACUGAGCAAAGGCUUGUUGGCUUUCCUGGUGAUGGGUUUUGUUCUCAUCAGGUAUACUUUCUCUGCGGUGGUUUAGCGGAUGAAGUGUUUACCUGUUGUCUUAAACGUAGAUAGAUCCCACACUGAUGCCGGAACGUCCAUCUUUUGAAAACCCAUCGGGAGCGAACGGCAUCCCCUUGUAAGUUCUCUAACAUCCAGUGUGUGUAGGGUUUUUCUGAUCACUUGGAGUGGAUCCAGCUUCACUCAUGUGGGAACACAGUGGCAUGUCUUGAUAAUGACAGUUCAAUCACCGAAAAUGUGCUCUACACCUCGUCCAGAUUUCUAGGCCUGAUAUCAUACAGAAAGCAUAGACGUCUCAGGUUCUUUGUUACUCUAAGGUAAAACCAUCUAGGAUGAUUUCCCCCUUGCAGUUAUGUUAUCAGUCAUUCUUACGACAUUGUAUGUUAAUAUAAACUAUAUUUGCAUAGUAUGCAUACAUAUGUAUAUUUACCAAGAUUUUGUUUCUUAUGCUUGCUAUCAUGGCAGCAUGCAAUGUCAUAUUUUUCAUUAUGUGAUGUAACUACUUUCUGUUAUCUAGAAAUUAAGAUUGAAGCUAAAACACUUCUACUGUUCGCUUUCAGAAACUAAGAAACAUCCUCAUGCCUUUAUUUUGUAUGUGACAUAUCUCAUAAGCACAUCCAAUUACUCCUAGGCCAACUAGGAAUCUGCAGGAACACAACCAGUACAUACCACGCAUCACCCCACGACCCGUGACCGUUCUCUGAGGCCAAGGAGGGCAACCUGACAACAAACGCAGUCACUUUCGGUUCCUUCUGAUCCACAGCCUCAUCAGUAUUUGGACUUUUUAAAGCUCGUAGAAACAAGACAAGGUGCACCGGUUUCAUAGACGCAACCUUAACUUACUAUUUAGAUGAGAUCUUUCUAAAGAAAAAAAAAGAUGAUAUAUUUUUUGUAAACAAUAUUUCUAUCACAGGCAUCCAUAAACUGGUAUGGCUACAGCUGUGCAGACAGGUGUCACAGUGAAGUUAAGCAUUCGGAGGACAAGAUAUAAAGCAAAAUACGCAUGAAAGAACUGCUAAAUUAAUACUUCAUUAGAAAAUGCCACAUAUGCCUCACCCUGUCUGUUCUGUCCCAAACGAAUGGCCACGGUCUGGUCCAGUAAUCAAAUGCCCGGCACUGCCGUCUCCAGGUACAGACAGGCACCCCCUCUCUGAGGAUGUGUGUGGUAUGAACUGUCACUGGGAGCUGGCCAUGACUUGCUUUUGCUUUUGUGGCCAUAGCAACCCUUCAUUUGUGGGAGUCUGUGACAGAUCAAAACCCACCAUCAGAUAAAACAUAGCCCACAAAAAUCUCAUGCUAGUCAGUUAUUGAUUUUAAUGCCCUUUUCCCUCCUUCAUUCCUAUCUUUCUUCAAUGUCUUCUGCCAACUGCUGCCCUCUGAGUUUAUUUUCUCUGGAGGUGUGCCAAGGAUUUCUUGUUCUUUGGCAUUUCUCUGGCAGUUUUUUUCAUGGGAAAUAAUGGGGGGGAUUCUAAAAGUUAAACAGUUUGGGGAUAAACCUUGUAAGUGGCCUUAUCAUUGUUAAUAUGUUAAAGAGAAAAGAGACAUUUGUGAAGACUUUAUCCCUUUCAAUGCUUCAGGUAUCUUUUUCUGUAUCCAGUAAUUCAAGGUGUGAGCUCCUCGUCAGAAGAGGGACCCCCAAAUGCCAACAAACAUGGAAAAAUGCAGCUAACGGUCACUUUAAGUGUAUAAUUUAUGCUAUUUAGAACUGUGACAUUCAUUUUUUCCUGGGAGAAACAUGAUUCAAAACUUUUUUGAUGCAUAGUUGAGGUACCCAAAUGUGGAAGGCGGAGACCUCAUGGGGCUCAGAAGAGUAACAGUUACUUCCCGAGAUUUUCUGGAUAUAAAUUUGCAUGGUAUAGUCAUAAUAGCUUUUGAGCUUUUUAUAUGCAUUUGGCACCAAGACUGGGGAUCCACAACUUUGUAGACACUGCGAUGAAGUUAGCAUAAUAGCUAUACUAUAAAUAGUGUUUGUUACCACACACACACACACACACACACACACACACACACAUAUAUUCUGUAAAAAAAAAGAAAAACAACUUUUUAAGAUCCUUGGGUAUGUGUUUGCUUUACUCCAUUUCAGAAGAAAAUUACUUUUCUUCUAAUAAAAUUAUUUUAUAGCUUCUCCAUUUUUAAAAGUUGUGAGAAGUAUUGAGAAGAGAACUCUGGCUGUGCUAACAGAAGUGACCUCAGUGUGAUUCUGUUGUUACAGUGACCUCUCAUACCCCACACAGUUACCUAAGCCAGUGCGUGGGCCAUGGUGGGAGAUUCGGGACCCAGACUCUGACGUUAAUUGGAGGUGGCUGUUACCCAUGCCAAGACCUCUGGAGGAAGGACAACAAAAUUUACUUUGGGAUCUAAUGAGGUUUUUUUUUUUCCACAACUGAAAGUAACAAACCAUUCAUUUCUCAGCAGUCCUGUCUUUCCAGAGUGCUUCACAAGGGCUCAGAAUGUACAGAGGAGGCUUGUGAGGACAGUCUGUGAUUGCUCAUCCUCAGAUACGCCUGAGGCAACUCAGGAGCUCCCUGCACAGAGUCCUACGGAGAAAGACGAAUCAGACUCGAGUCAUCUCUAACAGGAGCGUCAGCCCUGUUCACCAACCGCAGAACUGUGGAGGGGUUUCACUGUCCAUACCACGAGAAAUUCACUUCUCCCCAGUCUGAAAUGAACUAGAAAGUAGGUCACAAUAAUAUUCCUACUGGGAUUUAAAGUGACCUGUUCUUCUGUAGUAACACGAGCUGUUAGUGCCACCAUGGGAACCUUGACAUUGGGGUCCCUCCCAUCGAAGGCACUUCCCUCCUGUCCAAACUCAGAAUUAACAUCAUCGUCACCAAGGAGAUCAUCUAGAGGUGACACUGUACACAUAGGGCCUGGCUGUGGGGACAGACACGUUGCAGCAUAGAUGUUCACGUUUAGCUUCUACUAGAUAAUCCAUUGGUGUUUGUCCCAACAACAGUGUUUUCUAGAAAGAGAUGUGUCUAACUUCAAAUCUCCUGGCUUGAAAGUACAAACCAUUCCAUGACUUCUAUUUUAACCUUCUGCCUGAAAAUCAGUUCAUAUUUCUGACCAUUUUAUGUAAGCAAAAAUUGAGAAAUUGGUGAAAUCUUUUGUCACUCCUGGAAGGGACUCAGGCUUUCUUCUCACCGUGAGCCUCCAUCAGAGUAACAUUGAAACUUGGGGCAAAGAGCUGCCCAGGUGGAUCAAAAUUUCCCAGGACACUAGCUAGUGUGCCUUGGAUUGAUUACCUCUUUUACUGCAUUGAAAGGUGCCAUGUUUUCCUGAAAUACUAAAUUCCCAACACCUGGGUAAACUGCAACCUCCCAGAGAGUGGCUCACAAACUACCCUAAACCGCGCCUCUCCCGAGGGACAACCCUGGAGCCCGUUCUGUCAUCCUUGUGUCAUUUUCCUACUUCACAAGUCAGUGAGUGUUCAAGGUAAGUACAGGAUCACUCUACUAGGGAUAGACGAUUGCUGUCAAGAUCAGUUCCCAUGUUGACUUCAUUUCACUGUAAAGAUAAAUUUAAACCCAGUUUUGCUUAAGCACAUUGAUGUAAUUUUUUGGUAUUAUUUGACAUGAAAAACAAAACAGCAAAAUUGAGUGAUAGAUACAAUAUGAAACUUGUUGAUGAAUGAAUUCAAAUUUAUUAAAAAAGGACUAACUGACUUAAA